CUGACCAGUGCCUUGAAGGGCAACAUAUCGUCAUACUUUAUGAACAGUGAAGAAAUCACUCACCUUGUUGAUGAUUCACACCUCCCACCAAGGCAGGGUAUACUCGCUGCCAUGAUUGCGAUUACUUUCAUUGGGAAGCAAAACAUAAGUAUGAACACAUUGAAAACUCUGUUCAUGGUUCAGCACGUUAAAGUUGUGAAUGCGUUGCAUUGGCUCAUUGCAAACAAUAAGUGCUACUCGCACAUUCAAAUGUCCAGUAUCAACAUCAAUGCAUUACCUGAAAAUGGAGUUCCGCAAGAACUAUUGACGACUGUCAAGUAUUCAGAGGACAAAUUUCACUUUGAAGAAGAGCGACAAGGGUACGUGCCUGAUGGUGAGGAAGAUGAAGAACAUUGGGCCGAAGACCAGAACAAUCCUUAUGAGCCACUUUUCUUUGAAGUUAGCGCCAGUGGAGUCGUAGAUUUAGAAGGCAACUGCAUCCCGCAAAGUGAGCUCCUUAGUAAUGCAUUGGGAAAUCUGCAACGCCAGGAUGCCCAGGUGGGGCAGGGCCAGACAACACCGCAAUAUGCGGUUAGAAUAGGGGGCUAUGUGAAUGAGUAUGGACGACGUGAAGCAAAUGGUACCCCUUCCACCGGCCCAUCUUCAAAUCCAAAUCAUUUGUUGGGCUGCUUUCCGCAAUUAUUUCCUUAUGGUUGUGGUGGAUUCGAGACAUCACGCCAAUGCCAAGUUAGUUAUGCUGCGCAUGCUAAAUGGGCACUGCAAUACGGGGAUCGACGAUUCCGUCAUGACAUGCAGUUUGUCUUCCAGGUAUUUGGCGUUAUUCAAAAACGAGCAAUAUGUACUUCGGCAGCGUUGAAGAUGUCUAGGGCAGACUUUGUUCACAAUCAGUAUGCGAUAGAGAGAUUGAAACCAGGCAACUUUGCAACCACAGCUGAAGAAGAGAGAAACAGUUCACGCUUCAGUAACCCAGUGAUGCGGUCGCUCAUGAACCACUUACGCUCUGUGCGUUCAAGUGUACCGGGGACUGACUCCUCCCGAACUAGUGUGCGCUCCCAAAUAUGGUCCAUGUCUACGAUGAUCAAUGCACCUAAUUUGUGGGUGACGCUGAAUCCAUCCGACAUCAACAAUCCAAUCGCGCAAGUGUUUGCAGGAGAACAAAUCGAUCUCAAUAAUUUCGACGCUACAGUUGAAGCAUAUGUCGGCAUGGUAGAAACCCAAGGAUGUGGCAUGCUCCAUGUGCACCUGAUAAUGUGGUUGCAUGGCUCGCCAUCACCUUCGAAGAUGAGAACCUUCCUACUAUCGGAAGAAUUUCGAAAGAAGAUUGUCGCAUUCAUUAAGACCAACGUACAAGCAGACGUAGGUUUAAGUCAACCAGACUUCCUCAAGUUAACCCCCAAGCCAGGUAUAUAUUUCAAUCGGCCGAUUCCACCGAGUGACCCAAAAUAUUCGGAGAAGCGUGAUAGUCGGACAAAGCUCGUUGCACGCACUGUACAGCUUCACAGCUGUGAGGUUGGGAGAUGUUUGAUUGUCAAAAACAAACGACUGGUGUGUAAGAACCGCGCACCUUUCCAGCUAUCAGAUACAGACUGGGUGACUGAAAACGGGGAGUGGGGAAUGCGGAGAGUAAUACCUUUCUUGAAUGGCUUCAAUCCCACGAUAUCAGAGUUACUAAUUUGUAAUCAUGACGUGAAGCUAGUAACCAAUGGCAAUGAAAUGCAGGACAUGACAAUGUAUGCCACGAACUAUUCCUUGAAACAACAACCUAAAACUUGGAAUGAAUCAGCGCUACUCGCGAAACAGCAUGCCUUUCAUGUCGAACAAGAGUUGCAAUCGCAUGAGUACAUGAAGGCCAGUCAGCGGCUCAUCACUCGUUGUGCAAUAUCAUUGAACAGGGAGAAGGAGAUGAGUGCCCCCGAGGUCAUCAGCCAUUUGAUGGGCUGGGGCGAUCGGUACAUAUCCCAUCACUUUGUCUCUAUUUAUCUUGAUGGUAUAUCGCAUGCACUGAGGAAUGUGUUC